UUUUAGUUUCUCCCUCCAACACGUGACCAAUUUUCACCACUUUCAAUCGGCGCCAACAUCAACAACCUCAGCAACCCAUCAUCAUCCUAAGGCUAAGAAAGGGGGCCACUGAGCCAGUAUAUAGCUCCAAUGGCUACUAAACAGGCUGCCGCAGGCAUUUUGGAGAACCUCCCUGUCCGGCUCCGCAACUUUUUCGCCCGCUACCCGCCGCAAAUAUACUCCGCAAAUGCCCUUGGAGCACCAAAACUACCAGAGGGUGUCGAGCCCCCAGCUCCAGCUCCAAGUCCCUAUACGCCAUCUCGCUCCUCUAAAGCUUCAAAAAUAGACCAAUCUGCCUUCUCAAUGUCACAGGCCUUCCUCCGCUCCGAUCCAGAACACCCAAACCCAUUCCUUCCAUACAAGAACCCCGAAACAGGGCGAUGGCGGGGCGCCAUGAUUUCCCUCCGACGGCAGAACGAAUUGGUCAAAUUAGCUGCGCAAUAUGGCGUUGAGGAACUAUUACCUCCCAGUCGCAAGUCGACGGUAUAUAAGGAGACGAAGGCUGUUGAGAAGGGAUUGAGAAUCCGCGGCACGGGUAUUGGUCAGAAGGUUAAGGGUCAUAAGUGGGAGCGGACGCUGGAGGUUAGGUUGGAAGAUCGGAAGAAGGCCAUGAUGGGUAUGCCGGCGAUGAUCAGGUUGUGGAAACAGCGGGGUCACGGACGAGGGUGGAAGAAAUAUCCACGGAAGUAAAGGGUAUCUCAAGAGUGGUGGGAGUUUAAUGUGCUUUCUAUUUUUAUUUUAUCUUUGCCCGUUUUCCUUGUCAAAUUUUCUCUUGUAUGAGUAUGGGUGCGGCAACUAGGUAUUAUUGUAUAUGUAUAUUUCUGGCUGCUUCUUUGCGUCUCCCAAAUUUUUUUCUUAUGGUUUGAUAUAUAUAUGCUACUUUUAGAAAUAGAAAACAGCAUGUCAUGUUCAGAAUAUCCCGCGGGCCAUGCCAAAUUAAAGGAUUUCUCCUCUGCUGCUUGUCGGAGCUUGGUCUCCGGGUUAACGGUGAAGUAUUCUUGAACUAUCUAUAAAUUAUGUCCGCUAGGCAGAAAAAGAGUCACAAGCGUGGUAAGGUAUCAGGGAGCGUGGCCAUUAUAUCAAUCCUUCGCAGCUUUCGUUAUGUACAUUCAUUACAUAUACUCAUAUCUAAAGCCAAUAUAUACAGGAUAUAGCUCACAACAUUUCUUCAUACAGCGGCUCAACAACUUGACCACUCC